AGUCAUGCUUAUGUCACUUCCUAGAUACCGCUAGCGUCCUUCACAACAGAAGUAACAACAACUGACCAGAUCAGAACAGAUCUACAAUUUCGGAGAAAUGAAGGCCCUUCUCUGUGCUAUCGUCCUGGGGACUACAUUCGGCUAUGGUACCUGCGAAAUGUGUGGGUUCUACUACAAUUGUAAAUAUGGAUGCUGCGACCAUGGCACCCAAUGCUGUUCUCGAUACAUCAGUUUUAACUAUAAUGUGUAUGUGGGCGUCGGCGUGACGGUUGCCAUAGUUACCACCAUCGGGGCCAUCGCCGUCAUCAUAUACUUGUUGAAGAGGAAGACCCGACCCGGUCGGGUGAUCACCGCACAUCAACCAGGCCCCAGUGUCGUAGCCCACUCUAGCGUCACGACAACAAACAACAUGGGACAAGUUCAGAGUAGCUCGUCUGUCUACCCCCCUCCAGUAGGAGCCCCUGGGUACGACCCAACCCUCUCUCCCCCCGUCUACUAUCCUCCAGGGGCUGCGGCCCCACCCCCGGGAUACAGCUCCUACCCUCCACCCUACCAGGGUAAAUCCUAAACCGCUAUCAGAUCUACUGGAUCUCUCUGCUGAACUGAUUGUCCUCUCUCCAUCACUGCACAGUGAUACAGUAAACUACGGUUAUAAGGAACACGUUUAUAACGAACUGACCGAUAUAACGAACUUAUUUUUUAGUCCCGGCCAUUUGUUGUAUAUAUGGUGUAUAUAUGCUUAUAACGAACUACGGUUAUAACGAACCAAAUUUUGUGGUUCCUUUGAGUUCGUUAUAACCGUAGUUUACUAUAUGUUAAAAAUACAAUAAUGCACAGCAAUAUAAACUCUAGGAACCUUAGUAGAUUUCGAUGUUAGCUGACGUUGUAUCUACAACACCAUAAAUAAAGUAAACUUCGUUUAUAACGAACACGCUUAUAACGAACUGACGGAUACAACAAACUGGCCUUUUUGGCCCCGGCCAGUUGCUGUGUACACGUUGCAUAUAUGCUUAUAACGAACAAUGGUCAUAACGAACUAAAGUUAGCAGUCCCUUUGAGUUCGUUAUAACCGUUGUUUACUGUAUAUACUAAUGACUAGUAGGACGAUUGGCAAGGUUUAUACACGUUUUCUCUCUGCACAUUGUAUUUAUCUUUUAAACUGAAAUAUUUCGUGGGCUUCCAAUAAUAAACUCUGCCCUGAAAGCCUCACCAUGGUGUUCUGAAAGAGAUCACUCAUAACCUGUGAAAUACAGUAAACUACGGUUAUAACGAACACGUUUAUAACGAACUGGCCGAUAUAACGAACUUAUUCUUUUGUCCCGGCCAUUUGUUGUAUAUAUGCUGUAUAUAUGCUGAUAACGAACUACGGUUAUAACGAACCAAAAUUAGUGGUCCCUUUGAGUUCGUUAUAACCGUAGUUUACUGUAUAUUUAUAACGUUAGUUACCGGUUGGGCAGGCACGCCUUCCCUUUCCACGAACGACUGGUGUCAUCAAUGAUUUUCAGUGAUCCAUUCAUAUAAUUAUUACCGGAAGUUGCCUUUCACGUCCAAUGGAAUUUGUUUUGUCGAAUAAUUUUGACCGGUUAUUCUCUUGCGUUUUAUAUUAUUCCUUUCAUUGGCCAUCCAGUUUAAUAUAGGAGGUGAAAUUAUUCUUGAAACAAGUAACAAAGACGUCUUAUAUUUCUUAACCUUAGAGGGGCGGUCGGGUAGCCUAGUGGUUAAAGCGUUCGCUCGUCACACCGAAGACCCGGGUUCGAUUCCCGACAUGGGUACAAUGUGUGAAGCCCAUUUCUGGUGUCCCCCGCCGUGAUAUUGCUGGAAUAUUGCUUAAAGCGGCGUAAAACCAUACUCACUCACUCACUUUUAACCUUAGAAACACAUUCAAGACAAUGUGUUUUGGCAAAACAGCCGAAAUUAUGAGUUUAUUCGAAAUACAUUCGAAAUACAUUCUAAGUAUUCGAACUGCAUUCUGUUUGAAUUCUUGGAGGUUCGAAACAUAUUCGGCGGCCACCCCGGGAGCGUUCUGACUGUAUUCGAGGUGAAAUCGUACAGCAUUCGAGGCACCUUUCAACCAGACAUCGGGCGGUAUUCGGGCAGCAAUCGUAUGGCAUACGAAGCACAUUCCUAAUAUUCUGACUGCAUUCUAACAUCAUUCUAAUAUUCCUACUGUGUUCCAACUGCAUUCGAGAGCCAAUACACCCGGAAUGUGCAAGAAUCAUUUGAGGCGGGUUCGAAACGCAUUCUAUGUCUUCGAACGGCGUUCUUACAAAACUUGGUCUAUUUGAAAUUCCCUCCCGAAUGUGGCACGAAUUUUGAAAUGCUUCAUUCCGGCUGGUUCUGCUUGAUUCCGAAUAUGUGUGACGGGGGCAUAAAUCGCAAGAUAUACUGUUGAAAUUGGGGUUAUCCCAUUUACUCAAUGUGGAAUAAUCCCCUGAGCACCGUCUGUUGUAUAUAGUCUGGUUUGAAUAUAGAGGCCAUUGUGUGAUGUAUAUCAGCUGUCCACUCACUUGUUCAUAUUGUCGUAACUGCUUUCGGGCGUCCAGUGCGCCCCUAAUACAGUUACUAAAUUAUUGCCGUUCCUGGUCUUUGUGGUCAAUUACGCCCUGACAUUGUCACUCGCCUUGUCCGCCGCGGCUCGGCUCCGUCAAGGAGUGAUUGGUCUAACGACCCUUACUCCAAGUUGUCUCUAUCAGCAUUCACACACGCAUAAUAAAGAAACGCAACACCAGUUUUAUACUCACACGGUCUGAUUCGUAUUUUGGCACAUAACGUAUAGAUAAGGGGACGAGUCUUCUUGCAGGUUACGGAAAGGAGCGAGUGGUGACGAAUGCUAUCGCCCAUUUAAAAUGCAUUGACAAGCCAUAUCAGCUCUGCAGGGUGUUGUUUUAAGGGUCUGGUUAUGACACCCCGUUAUAUGACCGCCUCUAUGUUGAUUUUAUCGCACGUGCGAGAUGCUUCAUAUCAGUGAUAGGUAUAUGGUAAUGCGUGUUAUUACUGCAGAUGUUAUCCUUCCUCUCUGAACAUUCUGGAAAUAUGAAAUAUGAACAUUGCUUUAAUUUUUUGGAUAAUAAACGUAAACUCACCA